AUGUAAUCUCAUGUUUUGUCCACAGAAACCAACAGGAGAGAUCAGAGUCAGAGAUUCUCAGUGGUCAGUCUUCCCAGAGUCAUCAAACAGACCUGGCCUCCAUAUUCAGUAUGCUUGAAGAUAAAAUUAUGACAUUUGUGAAGAACGAGCUGAAGAUGUUCAAGAGGAUUCUUAGUCCAGAACUCCCAGAAGGCUUUGAGAGUCAGAAGCAGGAUAAGGAAGUGGUGGACGCUGAAGAUGAGCAGCAGGAGAGCAGUGCCAGAGAGGGGGCUCUGAAGAUCACACUGCACAUCCUGAGGAAAAUGAACCAGAAGGAGCUUGCUGACACACUGGAGAAAUAUUCAGAUGAUCCUGCUGUGAUUUGCCAACGUGAACUCAAAUCUAAUCUAAAGCAGAAGUUUCAAUGUGUAUUUGAGGGGAUCGCUAAACAAGGAAACCCAACACUUCUCAAUAAGAUCUACACAGAGCUCUACAUCACAGAGGGUGGAACAGGAGAGGUCAAUAAUGAACAUGAGCUGAGACAGAUUGAGACAACAACCAGGAAACAAGCAAGACCAGAGACUGCAAUCAAAUGUAACGACAUCUUCAAACCCUUAACUGGACAAGACAAACCUAUCAGAACUGUGCUGACAAAGGGAGUCGCUGGCAUUGGAAAACAGUCUCUGUGCAGAAGUUCAUUCUGGACUGGGCUGAAGGAAAAGCAAAUCAGGAUGUCCAAUUUGUAUUUUCAUUCCCUUUUCGGGAGCUGAAUUUGAUGAAA